UUGAGACAGUUGAAUAAUAGAAUAAUUGAAAUACCACGCUGAUUUAACAAAGGGCUCUUCCUCGCGCAUUAUUUCCAGAAGCUUCUAUGCGUUAAUCCCGUGCAGCACUAACGUUAAUUGGUUAUUUGCUGCGCUGUUGCAUUGGUUCCUGUGCGUUUUUGGCGUUGCGUAAAUCAUUAAGGCCUCGCGCUGCUCGGACAAGUCAUAACACGGGAAUAAUAAUUCACGUUUCCUUGUUUUCCAGCACACUGUUUUCUCUGCGCGAGCUCGGUUCGUGCUGUGGAAUAUGGAUUCGCGGAAAGUGACGGAGUUAAAGGCCUUUGUGCAGAUGUGCAAAGACAAUCCAUCUGUGCUGCAUCAGCCGGAGAUGGGCUUCUUUAAGAGCUGGCUGCAGGGAAUGGGAGCAAACAUACCAUUGCCAACAAAGAAUGACAGCUCAUCAUGCAAGGGAAGCUGUCCGUGUGAUGGAGCCCCCAAAGCAGCGGCAGCACCCGAACCUGCCCCGCCAUCUGAGAGUGAAGAGAGCGAAUUAGAAAUUGAUAAUGAAGGAGUGAUUGAGCCUGACACAGAUGAUCCUCAGGAGAUGGGAGAUUACGAAAACCUGGAGGUCACAGAUGAGAUGAUGGACCAGGCCAAUGAGAAGAAGAUGGAGGCUAUUGGAGUGUUGGGAGACGGUGACCUACAGAAAGCUCUAGAUCUCUUCACAGAGGCCAUCAAACUCAACCCGAAACUGGCCAUUUUGUAUGCCAAAAGAGCCAGCGUAUUUGUGAAAAUGCAGAAACCCAACGCUGCCAUCAGAGACUGUGACCGAGCCAUCAGCAUCAACCCAGACUCAGCCCAGCCUUAUAAGUGGAGGGGGAAGGCACACAGGUUGCUUGGCCACUGGGAGGAGUCCGCUCGAGACUUAGUGAUGGCCUGUAAGCUGGACUAUGAUGAUGAGGCCAGUGCCAUGCUAAAAGAAGUCCAACCAAAGGCCAACAAAAUCAUUGAGCACCGGCGCAAAUAUGAGCGCAAGCGUGAAGAACGAGAGAUCAGAGCACGGCAAGAACGAGUGAAGAAAGCGAGGGAGGAGCACGAGAGAGCACAGAGGGAAGAGGAAGCCAGACAACAGACCGGAGGAGCACAAGGAGGAUUCCCAGGAUUCCCAGGAGGUGCUGGUUUCCCAGGUGGAGCUCCUCCGUUUGGAAUGGCUGGACUUAACGAGCUAUUUAAUGAUCCAGAGGUUCUCAUGUCCAUGCAGGACCCAGAGGUGAUGGCAGCAUUCCAGGAUGUGGCACAGAACCCCGCUAACAUCGCCAAGUACCAGAGCAACCCCAAAAUCAUGACCCUGAUCAACAAACUCGGCUCCAAGUUUGGUGGCCAGCAGCCCUAAAAAAGGCCAAAAGAAUUUGUGUCCUGUUCCAAUACUCUGCUGUAGCUUUUUCUCACUGGGUUUCUUGCCAUAAAUUACAGACAGCACUUAGCUUAUGAGAUGCUAGAUACUGCUUUUAGAUGAGUGGACUGUGCUGAUGAAAGCAGAAGAAACUAUGAAAGAGUAUCGGAACAAGACCAGAUGUGAGAUGUGGCGCUUUUUUGGGGGGGUGGGGGGAGUCGCUUGAGUGACGCAUGAACUAAGAAUUGGGUUUAUUCCUUUAAAGCUUUGUUGGGGACAAACUAUAUUGUGGGCUUCACUGAGGCUAACACAUUUAGCACUUACGAUCCUGGUCUCUUCUCCAGAAUAUCGGGUUUCAGAUUUGAGAGCCUAUUAUAGCCGACAGUUGCUGCAUUGACGAACUUAACAAACGUGUCCAUUCAGCAGCCAGUUAUUCCAGGGAAUUAGUCUAAUUAUAAUCCAACAUCAACCAUUCAGUAUGCUACAUAGUUUGUUUGUGGUCUUAUCCAGCGGGAUCAGGAUCAAAAUGGGGUAUAGAUUAUAUUCAUACAUAUUCACUGUCCAAAGCAAUCAGUCAAUCACUUCCUGUUAAGAUUUCAUGGGUGUUCCUUUUAAAGGUUUUUGAUUCAUGUUUUUGUUCUUUAGUUCUUUUUUUGCUCUCCUUACCCUCAAUGCAAAAUUCAAUUGUGAACAACUUUCUUAUUGUGACAAAUUUGCGUCUUGUAUGGAUUUCAUGAUUUAAUUCAAUAAACAUUUUGGUUGUUGCAAA